AUGGGUUGCUGUGGUUGCAGAGGCAGCUGUGGUGGCUGUGGCGGCUGUGGUGGUGGCUGUGGCGGCUGUGGUGGCUGUGGCGGCUGUGGCGGCUGUGGAGGCUGUGGUGGCUGUGGAGGCUGCGGUGGCUGUGGUGGUGGCUGUACCACUUGUACUUGCUACCGUGUGGGUUGCUGCUCUGCCUGCUGCCCCUGCUGCUGUGGCUGCUGUGGAGGCUGCUGUAGCCCAACAGUUGUCUGCUGCCGCCGCACCUGCUGCUCUGGCUCCUGUGGCUGUGGCUGUGGCUGUGGUGGUGGCUGUGGUAAGGGCUGUGGCUGUGGCUGUGGCAAGGGCUGUGGCUGUGGCAAGGGCUGCUGCCAACAGAAAUGCUGCUGCCAGCAAUGCUGCUGUAAAAGGCAAUGCUGCUGCUAG